AUGUCAGCCGAGAGAGAAGUAGCAGAGGCAGCCGUCGUGGUGGCGGCGGCCGAGGCUGGGGCCGGAGAAGACGCCUCUUCGCAGCCCCCGGAUGGCAAAGCAGCCAGCGAUGCCCAGCCACCCAAGGCCUCCGAGGAGGCCGCCGCCGCGUCGCCUCCGCAGUUGCGUUGCCUGGUGCUCACAGGAUUCGGAGGCUACGACAAGCUGAAGCUGCAGACCCGGCCGGCCGCGCCCCCGGCCCCUGGGCCCGGCCAUCUGACGUUGCGCGUUCGAGCCUGCGGGCUCAACUUCUCUGACCUUCUGGCUCGGCAGGGGCUGCAUGACAGGCUGCCGCCGCCGCCCCUCACUCCGGGCAUGGAAGGCGCGGGAGUCGUGAUCGCGGUGGGCGAGGGCGUCAAUGACCGUAUGGUAGGGGACCGGGUGAUGGUGUUUAUCCGGUCAGGCAUGUGGCAGGAGGAGGUGACUGUGCCCUCAACCAACACCUACCUUAUGCCUGAGACCAUGACCUUUGAGGAAGCUGCUGCUUUGCUGGUCAAUUACAUCACAGCCUACAUGGUCCUUUUUGACUUCGGCAACCUACAGCCUGGCCACAGUGUCUUGGUACACAUGGCUGCAGGGGGUGUGGGUAUGGCUGCCUUGCAGCUGUGCCGUACAGUGGAGAAUGUGACAGUGUUCGGAACGGCCUCGGCCAGCAAACACGAGGUGCUGAGGGAGAAUGGGGUCACAUACCCCAUUGACUACCAUACGACUGACUAUGCAGAUGAGAUCAAGAAGAUCUCCCCCAAAGGAGUGGACAUCGUCAUGGACCCUUUAGGUGGGUCAGAUACUGCCAAGGGCUAUAACCUCCUCAAACCAAUGGGCAGAGUGGUCAUCUAUGGAAUGGCCAACAUGCUGACAGGCCCCAAGCGGAACCUGAUGGCCUUGGCACGCACAUGGUGGAAUCAGUUCAGUGUGACAGCUCUGCAGCUGCUACCAGCCAACCGGGCUGUGUGUGGCUUCUACCUGGCCUCCCUGAAUGAUGAGGGGGAGUUGGUCAGUGGUGUGGUGGCCCGCCUCCUGGCUCUGUACAACCAGGGCCACAUCAAACCCCACAUUGACUCCGUGUGGCCCUUCGAGAAGGUGGCGGAUGCCAUGAGGCAGUUGCAAGAGAAGAAGAAUGUGGGCAAAGUCAUCCUGGUGCCUGGGCCAGAGAAGGAGAACUAGGGCGGGGGCUGGGAGACCCUCGGGACCCGGGAAGAGAGAAGCUGGGAAGCCGCAUUCUGCUGGCCAGCAGACCCUUGAAUUUAUCCUCUACCAUAAUGCUCUGCCCUCUCUCCCCCAACUGUCUCCGUGGUGAUGACCUCUUCCCCCAUCCUGUUCUUUCUCUUUAGUCAGGGCUGCCCCCUCCCUCCUUCCUUCCCUAUGAAGAGGUUGGGAAGUGACCACUUGGAUGUCUGGGCCCUGCCAAGGGGACAGGGAGGGUUAGAGGGAGGCCGGCUGCUUCCUGACCCCACCCUUUCCCCCGGGCCUGCUGUGCUGCUUUUGUGCCAAGGCUAGCCAGUCCCUUCCCAUCUUGUUCUGCGUGCUUCCGCCUCUGCCUCAUCUCCCCUCCUGCUUCUGCCCCACCACCUCCCCAAAGAAGUGAAAUGUCAGCUCAGGAUAUGGGGCCAAUCUGUGUGAGUCCAGCAUGUCCCUUCAACCCGAGCCGGCCAGUGCCCACCUCUGAACUCCCUUGCCUCACUGCAUGGCCUCAUCCUCUUGUCCCCAAGUUCUUAAGCACAAUUGGGCUUCUUCCACCUCUAGGUUUACUGCUACUCUUAACCAAGGUUGUCUCUUACAACAAGGGCAGGAACCUGCUCCCCUAGGUCAUGACUCUGUGGGAGGGACACGGAGCCCCCCUUCCUUCACUGAGUUCUCUGGAUUUGUUCUCAGUGCCUUAGCAAUGGAAAACUUGUGCUUGUGUAUGUGUGUGUGUGGGGGGUCCCUGUCUCACACCUUCUCUACUCCUGUACUCCCCAGUGCCUUCCUUGUUCUGGUGGAGCUGGGGUUUUGCUGCUCCCCAGUCCCACAACACUACCAAAAAUCUGUGUGUGCCAAUGGAUGGGAGGCCAGCCCGUAACCACCUGGGGUCUGUGCCAUGUCCUGUCUCUGGGGCUGUCAGUUCUCUAUAGGUGGUUGAGGAGAAAGGUGGGGAAGCUUUCUCAGCCUUGCAGAUAAGUGUGAUAUUUACCAGCCAGAGCUCUGGGAGGCAAUGCUAUCUAUUUCUUAUCUUGGGACCAAAUUAAAAAUUAAAGCACAUCCCCACACAGUCAUGGAAGGCCCCCUGCCUUCUCAGAGCAGGGAGGCAGCUUUUCAGACUCAGCCCCAAACUUCGUUUACAUGGGUGGGGAGAUGGAGCAGGGGAGUAAGGGGGGGUGUAGAACUUGGGCUACUAGAACCAAAGGGGGGACUUUCUGGAGUAGGGGUGUAUCUCCCUCUUUUCUCUGAGCUGGAAUUAGGGAGGUUACUGCCCAGACCAAUGCCAACGGGAGGAGGGUGGGAGGGGCUCGGCCUCUUUGUCUAAAUGAGGCCUAAAUGGUAUGAAGUGCGACUUCUGCUUUUGUGUACCCCACCCCAUUACCGAAGCUGCCUUUGUGUUUGUGUCAAUAAAAAUCCAAACCCUG